AUGUCUAGUAAGGUCCAUAUCAGUGUUAUAUCUUUAACUGCAGUGAUGGAUUCGUUAAUGGAUAUUCCUGUAGACUUUGAACAAAGUUUAAUUGAAUUUUCGACAUCUUUGUAUAAAGGAUUGAACAAAGCAGAGAGUGUUUGCUUGUCACCAUAUAGUAUCACAGCGGCGUUGCUGUUGGUGAUGAUUGGAGCAAGUGGACGAUCAAAAGAACAAAUUACCUCUGCUCUUUUUCAAAAUAGCUUAUAUUCAGAAGAGCAACAGUUGAAGUUUUACAAGUCACUUCAUAAUCAACUUACUCAAAGAGCUGGUGUCAACGUUAGUUUUUCUAGUGCAAAUAGGCUGUUCGUAAGCGACCAAUUCACAGUGUUUCAAAAUGUCCAAGAAAAUGCAAAACGAUAUUUUGGAGCCGAGAUAAGUGUAAAGGACUUUACAAAAUCUGAAGCAUCUGCAAACGAGAUGAAUAAUUGGGUGUCAGAACAGACAAACGGUAAAAUAGAGGAUUUGAUUAAAAAGGAUUGGUUAAAUCAAAACACUGUAAUGUUCAUAAUUAAUGCUGUAUACUUUAAAGCCACGUGGAAGAGACAAUUUCCUCCACAAAACACACAGAAAGAAAACUUUUACCUUCCUAACAACAAAACGAUUGAAGUUGAAAUGAUGAACAACGAAAUGAUUUUUCCAUAUUUUCGAGGAAUGGAUUUCUCUGCCAUAGCAUUACCUUUCAAGGGAGGUAAUUUUGAUAUGGUCUUCAUUUCACCCAAUGAAAAACACGGGCUUCCAAAAAUAGAAGCAAAGAUAACACCAAAAUUCUUUUCGGAUAUUUCUGCUGGGUUUUUUAAAACGUUUUUAAGUAUCUCUAUUCCAAAGUUUAAGUUACAAACAGAAUUUGAUUUAACGAAAGAAUUACCUAAACUUGGAGUAAAAGAUAUAUUUGACGAAGUUAAAGCUAAUUUUUCUAAUCUUAUUGUUGAAAGGAGAGGAGGUUUAUACGUCGAUGUUGCUGUUCAUAAAUCCGUCUUCAAUGUGAACGAAGCAGGCGUAGAGGGAGCUGCAGCCACAGCCUUUGGAAUGCCUUUGAGAUCUAUACCAAUACAGUUCAAGGCAAAUAAACCUUUCUUGUUUUACGUAAGAGAUAUUAAAUCGGGUCUUAUUUUGUUUAUCGGACGAUUCCACCCACAAGUCAAUUAACUUAUGAUAA